UAUAAUACCAAUUUUUCAAUGCCGAUAUCAACUUGUUCAUCAAAGCUUAAAUUCGGUGUAGAACGUAUUUUAUCCAAUGAAUUUUCAUCAAAACAAUCAUAUCUAUCCAAAUUGGCUGUUAAAAUAUCUGACAGUUAUCCUGUGAUUACAUGCCCGUGUUCCGGAACAGUAUCUUGUUCAAAGUGCAUAACUUUCUGUGAUUUUUCAGCAGCAUCACCGUUGCUAACGGCGAUACCAUCAAAUUAUAUCAAUGUUUAUGAAAAGUAUCAUAAUCUUUAUCGGCCUUCUCCAGUCAGACCAAUUCCUCGUGUACCCAUUUCAUCGUCCUCAAAUACGUCUUCUAUUGAAAGCGGGUCGCGAAGGAAGAGAUCCUGGUCAAGAGCAGUCUUUAGUUCACUUCAAAGAAAAGGUCUUGAACGGAGAUUUUCCCUGCAAAAAUAUAUUACUAAACCUGAUAGAAGACAAUUAGCUGCUACUUUGGGACUUACUGAUGCUCAGGUCAAAGUGUGGUUUCAAAAUAGACGAAUGAAAUGGCGGCAUACCAAAGAAAGUGAAAAUUCAUUAACUCCUGGUCCUGAUUCAACUCAACAAGGAACUUCUCGAAAUUUAUCUAAAGAGAAUCCACAGACUUCUAUUAAAUCUUCACAAGUUAUAAAAAAACAUGAAGAAGAUGAUGAAGAAAUUGAAGUGGAUGUCUGAAACAAAUAUUUUUUUUAAGUAAAUGAGGGUAAAUGAUGUUUACUUCAAAAGAGGAAA